ACUAGGCAGCAUGGUCUCCGACCUUAGCCUGUUCCAUAACGGAACAAACGUACUAAAAAAAUCAAUGAAAAGAUUUAUAAUCUGAACUUUUUAAUUUAUACCAUAUAUUGGUCGAAGAAAGUAAAAAAAUUUAAUAAGAACCAUGAUUAACAAGUUUAUUCGUACUUAUACUAGGAGUGUAACACAAAGAAGAAAUGUAUUACCAGUUUUCAAUCGUUUCCUCUCAAAUAAAAUAGAAGAUACAGUUACACAUACUGGACAGAAAUGGGAAUCUGAUGAUUACAGAUUGGUUAGAUUUACGAAUGCACCCAAGCAAGUAAACCCCAAUUGGGCAAUAAAUCUAAUAGCUGAAGUUCCACCUAAAGAAGUCACGGAAAGAGUAGUAUGGUGUGAUGGAGGCAGUGGCCCAGAAGGACAUCCACGUAUCUAUAUUAACUUGGAUAAGCCAGGUGAUCACUCUUGUGGAUAUUGUGGCUUGCGAUUUGUAAAAAAAGGUCAACAUUAAAGCAUCAUCGAGGAAAACUGGAAUUGAUUAGCAAGUUUGUAGCUUGAAAGUACCUAACAACAAGUUGUCUUUAUAACAUGUAUAAAUAUGUUAUUUAAAAAAUAAAUGGCUUGUAGCAAG